UCCAAUAGUCUUUCUCUCCCUUCUCUCCCAAGCAUUCGAAUUAUACUGGUUCCUUUCCUUACCAGAGAUCUGAGUUAAGCAGCAAAGGAUGUUUUCUAAAAGCUUCAAUCGGUAUGAGCACAGAUAUUGGUCAAUAAUUGGAUUCUUCAUCUUCUCAUUAGCCUUCUUCAUUCUUCUUAAACCUUAUCUUGGUCCUCUACCAAUUUUGAAUUUGAAGCUGUCCAUGAAUACUGACAUCACAGUGCAACCAAUUGAGAAUACAAACACUUCUCAUAUAUCAAGUGGAGAGGUAAUAGAGACAAAGCAGAUUUGCAAUGUUUCGGACCCAAAAUUUGACUUUUGUGAUGUUGAGGGAGAUAUUAGGGUUCAUGGGAAGUCUUCCACAAUCUUUGCUGCUACAUCUCAAAUGGGUGAUUUUGUAGGAAAUAAAUCAUGGAAUGUAAAACCUUAUCCUCGAAAGAAAGAUCAAUUCAUGAUGGGAAUGAUCAAGGAAUUUUCAGUAAAUGCGAUUUCUCGUCGUGAAGAAGCCGCCGCCACCCCCCCACCUUGCGGUAUAAACCACAGUGUUCCAGCUGUCGUGUUCUCAGUCGGAGGAUAUGCUGCAAUAAACCAUUGGCAUGCCUUCACUGACAUACUCAUUCCUCUUUUCGCAGCUUCAGCACAAUUUCAGGGUGAAGUUAAGUUUCUUGUCACAAAUUUAGAAGAAUUUUGGAUUAUGAAGUAUGAAGCAAUAUUAGAGCAACUUUCAAGGUAUGAGAUCAUCAACAUCGAUACUGAAGAUCAAGUUCAUUGCUUCCCACAUUUGAUAGUUGGUCUUCAGCAUUACAAGGAGUUGAGAAUUGAUCCCUUAACAGCUUCAAAAGGGUACUCCAUGAAAGAGUUCAGGAAGCUCAUAAGAAAUGCCUAUUCUUUGAAGAAAUUAACUGCAAUCAAGAUAGGUAAUAGUAAUUCACAAGAGAAGCCAAGGCUUCUGAUCUUAACAAGGAACGCAUCGCGAAGAUUUUUGAAUGUUAAUGAAAUAGCUGAAUUGGCUAAAAGUAUGGGUUUUGAAGUAGUUAUCACUGAGGCUUUAACAAAUUUGGAUAAAUUCUCCAACAUUGUGAACUCUUGUGAUGUGAUGAUAGGGAUUCAUGGAGCAGGACUCACAAACUUUGUGUUCCUUCCUAACAAUGCUAUAUUGAUACAGGUACUUCCUUGUGGAGGAUUUGAAUGGUUGGCUUCUAAUUGUUUUGGUGAUCCUGCUUUGGAUAUGGAGUUAAGGUACAUGGAGUAUAAGAUAAAAGAAGAAGAAAGCACUUUACUAGAACAGUACCCACUUGACCAUCCAGUUUUUAAGGAUCCUCAUUCAAUACAUAAGGAUGAUUGGGGAAUGUUUAAAUCUGUUUACUUAGAUAAGCAAGAUGUGAAGUUCAAUGUUAGUAGGUUUAAAGAUACAUUCUUAGAAGUCCUUGAGCUUCUCCAUCACUAAGAUUUGAGUGUAUUUUGUUUGAGAAUAGAAAUCUAAAUUGAC